UCCCCUCUGGACCUUCAGAACUUGGUCAAAUCUUUUCUUCCGUCCAACAUGUUGUACUAACUGGACCUUCUUGAGCUUGUAGUAUGAGGAAAGGAGGGGGUGUUCAGAUUCUGAAGUUCCAGGAGGGGACUGGCAUCAAGGAGACAUGUGGACUUUCUCAGUCCAUCGAAUCAGUACAAAUGCAGGCCGUUCAAAUGCGCUUCAAUGUUUCAAACUUGUGACCAGGAUUUUACACGAAGUCGGCUUUUGAUUCUUCUGAAAGCAGUCUGUGUAAUAUUUAUCGAAUGCUCUCUCGGGUUUUUUGUUUGUGAAGAGAAAUUAAACCAUCUGAGAGAUCAAAGGUAGGCAAAAAUGCCCGAAGUCCCCUCUUAUAUCGUAGUAAAGCCGUCUGAAGGCUCUAUCCCAGUGAGAUGUUUCUGCUCCGAAGUCCUUCGUCCCUACUUUGACGGCCAUAAUUUCGGAGGAUGUCAGCGGAUCCUAUUAAUUAUGGGAAACUUCUUCCACCUUUCUCUAAUCAUGGCUGGGAGCUCGUGUACAACGAAAAUCUGAUCCUCUGCUCUCUGAACCUGAAGAUAAAGUUUUGGUCGCUCCCCACGUGCAAACCGGACAGGGAUCUCACGAGCCUUCAUGGUCUCCAGGUGUUCAGAUUUCAUGUACAGGUUCAGAGGGACUCCGCCAAGCAAAUGUAGAAGAUUCUGCACGCAAUCACCAGUAUCCUUCCAAAUCUCCCACAGCACUACGACACUCUACCCGUUUCUCACAACAUCUGAAAACUGCCCACGGAAACAGCCAUCGUCAGCCCCAUCAGACUUGCGUAAGGGAUCGAAUCAUGACGAGUACAACCUGUUGACUUCUCGACGGGACCCCCAAGCUAACCGAGAGCCCAAUCACCUCGAGUCCUCAACCUCGAGUCCUCGACCACCGAAUCGCUGCCAAAGCUCUGCUUCAGUGAUCUCCCCACCAGCAGGGCUAUGUGAAGCUUGGAGGGGAAGAAGGAACACCGAACAAGGUAUACCUCCAGUAUCAAUCUACAGCAAAAAUGAGUUCUUGACUAGCUGACGCAGACUGCAUGCUGCACCUGGUCGUGUCCCGGAUGCUCAUUCGAGAGCUCAAAAUGUGCACCGAGCAAAUACAGCACAGAAAGGUGCGUUGCAUGCCGGCGAUUACCUCAACACUUGGAGUGGGAGCGACAAUUUCGACGCGACUCUGCGUGGACGACCUGUAGAGAAUGAUGUAGACUUGUAGGCCUGUGGAGUUUGUCCUGAGGAUCGCGGCUUCGGCAGCACGUGUUGGCUAAUCCAGAGCGCGAGCUUUAGCGAAGGCAGACAAAAGAGCGAGAAUGGAGGGCGGACUCGGCUAACUGCCUCGUUUGCUAAAACCGUGCCCCGCUUUUGCUGCUCGAGCUGACACGUCGAGGACGAUGCAUAAGACUGCGGUCCAGCCCGGUCCGGUCCAGUCCAGUCCAGUCCACCCCCAGAUCCUCCUCGACAGCAGGCGCUGAUUUGUUUAGUUCAACGCCCUUCGCUGUGACCAGUUUGUGACAUCGAUUCUCGUUCGUUCGCUGCAGGAGGAGAGCAGCAGCACUUGGCACGCGAAAAGAAUAGAGGGCGAUUACAGCGAGCUGCAUGGCACGCAGUGGUAGAUUUCGGCAAUUUCAAUUUGGGCGUUGAUGCAAGAACGAGAGCUGGAGUAAGAGAGAGAGAGGGAGGGAGGGAGAGAGAGAGAGUGUGUGUGUGUGUUUCAGGACGAAUAACGAUGGCGGAAAAGUCGACACCUACCGCCCUCGCCUCCACCACCACAACAGCAGGCUACCAUGAAGAUGGCGGUGAACGUCCAACAGCUGAUUACGCUGCCGAUACGGACGGGAAAUUCGAUGGGGAGCCCGUAAGCGAACAAAUUGGUUUGCGCAACCGCCCGAUCCCAAAACAUGAACUCACUCAGUACACGUUGGAUGGUUCCGUAGACGUGCAUGGCAAUCCAUCGAUCCGAGCAAAAACUGGUGGCUGGAAGGCCUGUCCAUUUAUUUUGGGAAACGAGGGCUGUGAAAGGCUUGCAUAUUAUGGAAUCGGGACCAACUUGGUAACUUACUUGACUACAGUUCUGCACCAAGGAACUGCAAAGGCUGCAACAAAUGUCACCAACUGGUCAGGCACAUGCUAUAUUACGCCCCUCAUUGGUGGGUUCCUUGCUGAUGCCUAUUGGGGAAGAUAUUGGACGAUCGCAGUCUUCUCGUUCAUCUAUUUUCUGGGAAUGGUUUUAUUAACACUAUCAGCAGCAGUGCCCGCGCUGAAGCCACCCAGGUGUAAUGCAAAUGAGCUCUGCUCCCCAGCUUCCACUGGUCAACUUGCCGUGUUCUACCUGUCCCUUUACCUCGUGGCUUUGGGCACGGGAGGUAUUAAACCCUGUGUUUCUUCGUUUGGAGCUGAUCAGUUUGAUGACAACCAUGAUCAAGAACGAGCUCGGAAAACAUCAUUCUUCAACUGGUUCUACUUCUCCAUCAAUGUUGGUGCCCUCAUUUCUGCCAGUGCUCUAGUUUACAUCCAAGAACAUGUUGGCUGGGGCUGGGGUUUCGGUGUACCUGCCGUGGCAAUGGGGAUUGCUAUUGGCAGUUUUUUCCUUGGAACUCCUCUUUACCGGCACCAGAAACCCGGUGGCAGUCCUCUCACUCGAAUAACUCAAGUUGUUGUAGCAGCAUUUCGGAAGGCGCAAGUUAGAGUUCCUGCUGAUCCUCACGAUCUUCAUGAACUGCAUGACAAAGAGUCUGCAAUCACGGGCAGUCGAAAAAUCCGACACACGAAAGAAUUCACGUUCUUGGACAAAGCAGCAACACCUGGUAUAAAUGAUUUGCAAACCAUCAAGGGUCAAAGUUUUUUGAGUUCUUGGAGACUGGUGACCGUCACCCAAGUCGAGGAGGUUAAAAUUAUGCUUCGAAUGGCACCCAUAUGGGCGGCAACAAUCGUAUUUUCUACUGUAUAUGCACAGAUGUCCACGCUCUUCGUGCUGCAAGGGCAGCGGAUGAACGCUAACAUAGGAUCCUUCAAAAUUCCAGCAGCCUCUCUCAGCAUCUUCGACACUUUGAGUGUUCUUUUCUGGGUCCCAGUCUACGAUCGCCUAUUGGUACCGUUUGUGAGGCGCUACUCGGAACAUGUGAGGGGCUUCACACAGCUUCAGCGCAUGGGCAUCGGAUUAUUCAUCUCCAUAUGUUCCAUGGUUGCUGCGGCAGUGGUAGAAAUUGAGAGGCUUAAGAUAGCCAAGGAGAAGGGUCUGCUGGAUCAAACAGAAGGGGCCGUGCCCAUGAGCAUAUUUUGGCAAGUUCCUCAGUAUUUCCUUAUCGGUGCAUCCGAGGUGUUUACUUUCAUCGGUCAGCUGGAGUACUUCUAUGAUCAAGCCCCGGAUGCCAUGCGAGGGCUUUCGAGUGCCUUCUCCCUCACUACCGUGGCCCUUGGCAACUAUCUAAGUAGCCUAUUGGUGACGAUUGUCACCAGCAUCACUAGGAAAGGUGGCAGCGAUGGUUGGAUCCCGGAUAACCUUAACAGAGGCCAUAUUGAUUACUUCUUCUGGCUUCUAGCGGUGCUCAGUUUUCUGAAUCUAUUAUUUUACAUGGUUUGUGCACAUUUUUACCGCUACAAGAGAGUGAUCGCAGAAGUGGACGAAGACGACGAGACUGCCCCUAGACCCCCUGAGUAUAGAUCGAAACGGCUGGAGGAGGAGGAAUAGGCUGGCAGUUCUGAGUGAACGGAGGUUUUGUCAAGCCUUGAGAUCUUAGUAGUUCCGAAACUAGUCCUUGAAAGCUCCCUCGAGCCCAUCCCAGUGAAGAUUAGCUUCUUUCAGAUUCUGUGGAAGUAAACGUCAGCUGUCAAUUCAUAGUGCCCUUUGUGAUGCGGGCAAGUCGAUAGGCAGCAAUAUCAACCUGUAAGAAAGUGACAUUGCGGCAGGUUGCGCCCUUCAAGUCCCAGUUAGAUUAGGGCCUUUCAGUCGUCGUCGUCAUGAACGAGCUUUUCUUCUUGGCUCACCACCUCGUUGAGAAGUGUUGGGCUUUACACAGAAGAAGGAUCUAGAGCAUACUAAGACAACAGAUUUAGUUUUUCGGGAGGAAGACCGUUGAUGCGAAGUGUAUAUAUCUUCCGUGUACAUUAAAGAGAUUCUCAACUGUAAGUCGAAGGCCUGCUAUCAUCGUGUUUUGAACUUUGUACCAAAAAAUACUCAACGAGUUCAUAUAGGAAAAACAUCAGAAAGAUGAAUUUUGUCACCAUAAUCGUUAAGCGGUUGUGAAAACACGCAGACUGCAUGUCCUCUUCUUCGCAGUGUAAUCAGGUCCCUCGUGAUCACAACCUCUGCGGGUGUGGGCAACAAUCAACCUUGUGCAACGGGGUGCAGGUGCACGUCUUGGGCUUCACAGAGUCUAAGCAUGGAAUUGCCGG